UCAGCAGCUAGUAGUCAGACGGAUGCAGGAAACGCUAGUCCAACGCGGAGCGCCGAGCGAAAUACGCUUGUCCUAAACUAAACAGAUAUUGUCAUAGACUAGAUAGGAAACCGUACACCGAAAUAAAAUAAAAAUGACACAAUCAUUAUAUUUUUUAUCUGUGGAGAUUUAUUUUGCCGCGUAAACUAGUGCAGUACGAAGCUAAAAAUAAAAUUGUAUUUCAAGAUACAUACGCGGAUGUGACAUUUCGUUUAUUUUUCUAUGUGCGUGAUUAUAUAAAAACAGUUUUACAGUUUUAUACUAUACGUUGUACAUACACCUAUCAAUUUAUUUUGUUAUUUAGUUAAACGAAUGCUUUCAUGUGAAUAGAACAUUGACCGAAUUACUGAGCAAGAUGAACGAAUGAAUUACAUGAAAUUAGAGAUAUUUGUGUACACAUUUCAAUUCGGAACGUGUAACUAUUUAUGACAAUAUUUUUUUUAAUGGGCCUUAUUUAUCGAACUACAAGUGUUAUGUUUUACCGGAAAAUGACAUAGCUGAUGUAAUUGUGCUUGUGCUCGUUUUAAAACAAACUUUUUUUUUUAAUUAUAAUUAAGCACGGAUUUUUGUUAUAAAUGACAAGGGAUUACUCCGUGGCCUGGGGGCAUUUCCCGGAGUUUCACCAGGACAUGUGGGCGAGCAAGGGCUCAGCCAGGAGAGGUGGGAUUUGCUAACAGCUAGGACAACGACGAGUCGACGGUGACUGGCUCCUGCGUGAUAAUGAUCAGAUGAAAUAGGCUACGAGCAAGGUCAUGCCUCUGCCGUUGCUAAGGAGGUGCUGUGGAUGCCUCCCCCUUGAAGCCGGCUGCUUCAUACUCUGCAUAGCAUCUACUAUGGCAUGUGUAGCGAACAUAGCUGCCGGUGCGUGGAAUCUCCCGAGGCAUAGAGACCGCGAACCAGAGGACAACCUUAUAUCCAUGAGCAUGAUCAUGUUCUCCUCAUUAUCAGCUAUCGGGAAUAUCGUCGCUUUGUUCGGUAUAUGGCUAAAAAGGCCCGGAAACCUACAGUUGUCUUUAGUGUUCAACUCGAUUUUCAUCUUAUGCAUAUUCUUGGUGUCAAUAGUGACCUGUAUCUUCAGGAUGGAUGAAUUCCUCAAGCUACCCGGGAACAUAGCUCUCGUAGUGGUAACGCUUAUAGCUGGAGCAGUUUAUUCACUGUACUACUUGACCGUGGUCAAUAGUUUGUAUCGGACCAUGAAAAUGUCUUACAGCGAAAGCGCUCUGCCGAUUUGAGAGAAAAAUAAACCAUCAAUUGUUAAUUGAAAAUUUGUAUUGGUUAAUAAGCAACCGGACACAAAUGUGGAAACAAUCUAAAAACACUUAUACAGGGUGUUGUUUAAAAAGGAACGCUCGCUCAUUAUUUUUGUAUAAUAAUAAUAAUAAUAAAUGUUUGAAACCAUAAAGAAAAUAUAAUAAACUAUCUUUUUUUUACUGCAACCUCAUCGCUAAUCGCAAAUGAUGUCGUGUGUGGUUGACCCUUGUCUGUGUAAUAAUGUGUUUAGCUCUUCGAUUAUUUUGGCUACGAAUGACGUCAUUCGCUGUGAAGUUGCGUUCAGGCGAGCUUUGUAAAAUUUGCGUGGUGAUUUGAAAAAAGAAGAUCUCCUGUAGAGAUGGUCUGUAACAGGUGAAAUUCGAGAGUUCCAUAUGUUCCUGUUCCAGUGAAAGAACAGUCCCAACCUAGCCUGUUCCAAAAUAACAGCCUGAUCCAAUAUAACAGCCUGUUCCAAAAGGAGAAAAGAGCAUGUCACAAACUCUUUGGGAACAGGAUGUAUAUGCUAUCUUUUUCUAUUUCUGUACGUGAAAAGGGAAAAGAGCUUGUUUCAAACUGUUUUUUUCUGGCUUUUUGCUAUGGAACGGAACAACGCAACAUAUGGAAUAUUGUGGAACAGUAUUAUUACAUUGCGUAUUCUAGUUUGUUAAAAUGUAACAAUAUUGGGCUAUUCGGGCAAAACGAUGUUCUUCAUUUAAUUUACACCCGAUUUUAUACGGAACUCAUUUUAAUUACGUAAUGUAUACUUACUGCAUUUAAAAAUUCUUAUGGGCGCUAUCAUCGUGACACGGCAUUUCAGUUCUGGAUGAAGGUAAGAAAAUUAACAGUUUUUUAUUGCUUAGACGGGCGGACGAGCUCACGGCCCGCCUAGUUUUAAGUGGUUACCGGAGCCCAUAGACAUCUACGACCGUGCCUCUCUAUCACUUGUUCUGCGCUCUCGCUUGACGCUGAGGCUCAAGCGGAACGUGACACUUUUUCGUGCGUGCAGCCGGUGUUCAUCAAUUUAUAAGAUAUCAAAAAAACGUAAUAGAUUAAAAAUCACGAAGAAUACGAACAGGAUGUGACCUAAAUUCGGUGUAAUUAUUAGUGUACGUAUUGUUUUAAAGCUAUAGUUUUCAGUGGCAACAGUUCAAAUCGUGUUAGUGACUUCCUUAGAAGGUUGAAGAUAACUCACAGAUCAAAAGCAAACUGCGACAUAUUUAGAUCACAUAAAUGACAAAUGAACAAAUAAAUCUAAUAUUUAUAUGACUGUUGGACUCCCUACACUAGUAGCGAGGGCGUUAAUGAUGGGAAUCUUUGUGGGGGUGAGAAAUAAUAAUGUUAAUUUUAAAUGCCCAGCAGCUAGUAUGAAUAUGAAUAAAUCUAAGCCUAUUUAUGUAUGUUUGUCAGUCUCUGGUACCCAUAGCACAGGGAAUCCUAAUUUGGGACCGGAUAACCAUGCGUGAUUUGUUCCCAGUUAUUUAUUUAUUAUUACUUAAAUCACUAAGCUAAUCAUGUCAUCUUUAAUGUACUAGCCAAAAGGAGUAUGUUUGUACAGACCUAACGUUGACUUGUUACCUUGAAUAAAUAGUAAUAAACGAUUGAUUUAAUAAGAAAUGCCAUUAUUUUAAUUUAAUAAGAUAUACCGUGUUUCAAACGGUUUCAAAAGUGCCUAAACAUUAAUAGUGCUUUAAUAUUUAUUGUGCCUUGUCUUUGUUAAUUUUAUAAGUAGCUUGUUGAAGUAGCCCUAAGGGCCUGUGCACACCACGUUUUUUAAGAGCGCUUUUAUCCCACAGAAUGGUUUCUUGUCGUUUGUAUCGAUACAAACGUGAUGCUAACGCGCGUUUGUAUCGAUACACAUGCGCGUUAGCAUCGCGUCUGUAUCGAUACAAACGCGUAUUUGAAUUUAUACAGGUGUGCAAAGGUCUACAGGCUGCGUCUGACUUGCGUGUGUAUCGCGUCUGUAUCGCUACGAACGCGCGUCGACGGCACGUUUAAAAAACGUGGUGUGCACAGGCCCUAAUGUAUGUAUCAGUAUAUGUAUUUAUCUAUUUUAUUAACAUAAAUAAACACUAGCUCGCCGACUGUGUUUCUGCGGAUAUUCUCAAUUGUGUUUUUUUUAAGGGACAAUAAUAAAAUAUAAAAUAUAGUUUAAGUUGAAAUAAAUAAUUUGUAUCCGAAUUGUGUAAUUUUAUUAUUUUUGUAUUUAUUUCAAUUGCUCGGCCACGACUCUGGCUUCUUCUA